AUGACGGUAUACCAUGUCACUGGCGGAACCCUCUCAGCCGGCCUCGUCAAAGCAGCUCCAGCAGCGUUCUUCUUCAACGUCAAGGACUUCCACACCUUGUGCACCGACACGUUCCCCAACCAGGAAUGUACUAGCAACUUCGACGUCAGUUUCCAGAACUCGGACUCGUACCAUUGCUCCGUCAGCGAUACGGACAGCGACUACGUCUACUGCCUCACCCCAGGCCCGGAGGUCAGUAUCGCUGCUUACAUCCAGCAGACGAAGGUCGAUCAGGAAGACACGCAGCGCACUUUGAAGCUUCGCUAUGAGUUGGCGUUCCCUGGCAGUGCGCCUCGGGACACGUUUGGGUCGAAGGUCUUGAGUGAGCCCCAGGACCCUAACUUCACUGUGGCCGCACAGGAGUGA